AUGGCUCAUGAUAGGCCUGCUCCACCUCCGGAAGUUCAAAACCUAGCAGGGGUUGGCGAAGCCGAAGGAGCAAGUCUGCUUAUGGGUUGCGACGCCAAUGCCAGACAUACCCUCUGGGGCAGCACAGAGAUCAACGAACGAGGUGAGUCUUUAUUUAAUUUUGUCUUAGAUAGUAGUCUGGAGAUAGCAAAUAGAGGCAACACCCCUACCUUCACUUUUCCUAGCACAGACAGGUUUGCUGGCUGGGAAGAUGUGAUAGAUAUAACACUUAAAACUAACAACUGUAUAAUCGAGGACUGGAGGGUAUCUAGCAAAAGGUCGUAUUCUGACCAUGCCUGGAUAAUCUUCACAGUGGGAUUCGAAGUUGGGAAUCCCAAACCUUUUAGGAACCCUAAAAGAACAGAUUGGGUUAAAUUCAGAACCAUCGUGCGGGCCAAGUUCAUGGUCAUGCCCGAUAUGAACAACUAUAUUAAAGAAGUUGAAGAACUUGAUGCGCAAAUCAGUAGAUUUGAGAAAGUCAUGGGCGUGGCUUUCAGAGCAUCAUGUCCUUUGAAAUAUUCAAAAAAAAAGUAUCCCCCGUGGUGGAACGAAGACUUGAGUAAUCUCCGGAAGAUUACCAGGGAUGUCUUCAAUAUCUGCUACAAGAAUGGGUUCUGGCAACCUUAUAAGGAGUGCCUGAGAGAGUAUAAGAGGGCUAUCCGUUCCGCAAAAAGCCAGGGUUGGAGGGAUUUUUGUGGAACUGUAGAAUGUACCAGGGAUUCUGCCAGAUUGGGCAGAGUGCUUUCCAAGGACCAUACCAGUCCUUCUUUUCUGAAGGAUGGGGGUGGGACAUGGACAAAAACAUCUAUGGAAACUCUCAAUUUACUAGUGGACACGCAUUUCCCGGGUAAUACCGGGUCGGCUCGGGAGGCUAUCCAGUUGGAUUCCCUUCCGGGGCAGCCUGUGUCGAGUGAAAUGGUUGAAGCUAUUAUAACGGUGGAGAAGGUUAGCUGGGCGAUGGAUAACUUCUCUCCAUACAAAACGGCGGGGAUAGAUGAGAUAUUUCCAGCUAUGUUACAGAAGACGAAGGAACUAAUAGUUCCGUGGCUUCUAAAAGUUUUUAGAAGUUGUCUUAUCCUUGGAUACGUGCCCAAGUCGUGGAAACGUGUAAAAGUUGUUUUCAUUCCCAAACCGGGAAGAAGGGGCCAUGAGGGCGCCAAAGAUUUUCGACCAAUUAGUUUGACUUCCUUCGUUCUAAAAGCGCUGGAGCGCGUUCUGGAGCUAGGGCUCAGGAACAGAAUGAAGGAAGUUCGACUUUCGCCUUCCCAGCAUGCAUAUUGCGGGGGAAGUUCCACAGACACCGCACUACACGAGGUAGUGAGGACUAUCGAACAAUCUAUCCAUUAUAAGCAAUACACGUUGGCGGCCUUUCUAGAUGUGGAAAGUGCUUUCAACAAUAUUGGUUCGUGGGCCAUAGAAAAUUCUCUGACUCAGUUGGGUUUGGAAGAUGCUGUGGUACGCUGGAUAUUAUCCAUGCUGCGGACCAGAAUCCUGUAUUCGGAUAUUGGUGAUAGUAGUGUCACAAGGUACAUUAGUAGAGGAACGCCCCAAGGUGGGGUGAUUUCGCCGCUUUUGUGGCUUGUUGUUAUGAACGAAGUUCUACUGCAACUUGACGAAAGACGAGUGAAGGCAGUGGCAUACGCUGACGACCUAGUAAUCCUGGUUUCCGGCUUUGACCUUCCAACAAUCAGUGGGGUUUUGGAAGGAUCUCUAAAUGUGGUGAGCUCUUGGGCUAAAAGAUGUGGCCUUGGAGUGAACCCAGCCAAGACGGAACUUGUACUUUUUACGACUAAGACAAAAAUCCCGAGCUUUGGACUGCCUCGAUUGGGUGGUUUGCCGCUCAGUUUGAGUCCAACAGUUAAAUAUCAAAGUUAUAGUAAUAAUAUUUGUAGAGAUGAAUUAAUUAAACAAACUGAUGAUAUAAAUGAUGAAAUAUUAACAUUAACAUCAGAUAAAAUAAAAUUUAAAAUUAAUUUUUUUGAUUAUUUUCAUAUACAAACAAAUAAAAAAUUAAAAUGUAGUAAAACAUAUGGAUUAAAUCAUUAUGAAAAUGAUUAUGAUGAAUGGCAUAUAUUUGAUAACGGUACAAUAUAUCAACCAAUUUAUGAAGAUGAAGGAGAAUUAGCAUAUGCUCAUAAGGAUACUUAUUGUUUUGCUUUAGAUGUACAUAAUGUUGAUGGCAAUACAACUUUAAUUGUUUCACCACAUUUCUGUCAAUAUGAACCAAGUAAUCAUUUCUCUCUAUAUGGAAUAUCCCUACUUGUCGCUCAGCCAUUUAUUCUUCUUACAAUUAUAGCACUGUUAAUAAAGUCGAAACAAUAUACUAUACAUGUAUAUGCAUUGAUUGGCCAUUUGUGUUCACUAUCUAUUUCAUAUAUUUGUUUGGCCUAUAUUAUGCUUGAAACAAAUCACGAUGAACAUAUCAAUUUGUGCACUUCAAUUGGAUAUAUUGCAUAUUUCGCAAUCAUAUCAGCAUAUUUUUGGUUAAAUGCAAUUGGCUGUGAUUUAUUUUACAAUUUUAAUACUUAUUAUAAUGGUAUUGAACUUGAUAAAAAAUUACGAAAUAAAGUAGUUUUAAGGUAUGCUGGAAUUUCUCAUGGAAUUGCUAUUAUUUUUACAAUAACAGCAUAUUUGGUUCAAAUGUCUGGUGUUCCAAAUGGUAUAAAGCCAGGAUUCGGUGAUUUAUAUUGUUAUUUAAAUGUUGCAAGUGGUUAUUCAGCUCUAAUAUGGUUGUAUAUUCCUUUAAUAAUUGUUGUUACUUAUAAUACUAUAAUGUUUGUAAUGUUAUGGAGAAAAUUCAAUAUUGCUGAGUUACUUAUAAAGCGAAACACUGAAAUAAAUCGAAAUAAAUUUCUUACAUUUUUAUAUCUCUUUAUUGUCAUGGGUAUUUUAUGGAUCUUUGAAAUAAUCUCAUAUUUUGUUGGUGUUGAGUAUAUUUAUUUCUUUUAUAUAACUGAUAUACACAACAUAUCGAUCGGUCUGUUGAUAUUUUUGUUUGUUAUUAGUAGAAAAAAACCAGAGAUACCAUACUACAUCUCUAAUACUGAAAUAGACAAACCUUGUAAAAUUGAAGAAUCUAUAAUUCUUACAGAAAAUCAUAAAUUAUUAAAUGGUUCUUAUCAAUAUGAUGAUGUUGUUAUACCAAAAAAUUUAACAUACAAUUUGAAUAGCACAAUAUUAUAUGGUUGUAUUUGUUUAGUUAAAGAAUGUAUUCCAUGGUGUUGUUCCCAUAAAAAUCAAAGUCUUAAUAAUGAUAUUUGUAUUGAUGAAAAUCCAAAUGAUAAUAUGGAAAAAAAAUUACAAUGUAGAAAAACGUAUGCAUUAAAUCAAUUAAAAAAUCCUAAUGAUACUUGGCAUAUACUUGAGAACGGUACUAUAUAUGAAUCAGCUAAUGCUGAUUAUAUGGAUAUGGCAUAUUCUAACAAGGAAACAUAUUGUUUAGCUUUAGAAAAAUAUGAUAAAAAUAAUAGUCAAAUAUUUAUGGUAUCACCAUAUUUUUGUCAAUAUGAUCCAGAUGCAGAUCGUCAUGCUAUAUAUGGAGUUGCAUUUUUAGUAUCGCAACCAUUCAUGAUCAUUACAAUUAUUGUUUAUUUAAUAAUUCCAAAAUUACGUAAUUUACAUGGAAAAGCAUUGGUUAGCUAUUUAAGUUCCUUAUCAAUUUCGUACUUUUGUUUAGCAUAUAUUUUACUUGAAACAGAUCAUGAAAACUUUUUGGGUACUUGUAUUUUAGUUGGCUAUAUUUGCCAUUUAGCUAUAAUGUCAGCAUAUUUUUGGUUAAGUACUAUCAGCUUUGAUUUAUGGUAUAAUUUUAAAAAUUAUGAUAAGGCAAGAAGAUUACAAAAUCAAAGAUAUUUAAAAUAUUGUGGAAUUUGUUAUGGUGCUGCAGCAAUUUUUACUAUUUCAGCAUAUUUAGUUCAACAAUCGGAGACAUCACCUGAUAUUAAACCGGGAAUUGGUGAUUAUGGAUGUUAUUUAAAUGUUUCGGAAGGUUGGUCUGCUAUGCUAUGGUUAUAUGGUCCAUUAAUUAUUGUAAUUUCAUUUAAUAUAACAAUGUUUAUUUUAACAUGGUAUAAGAUAAAAUCUGUUGACUUAGAAUUGAAACGUGUUACAGAAAAUGAAAACGGAAAAAGAAAUUUAAAACAAAAGAGAAACAUGUUUCAAAUAUUUUUACGACUGUUUGUCAUAAUGGGUGUUUCAUGGGUGGCAGAAAUAAUUUCAUACUUUUUUAGAGGUUAUGAAUUUCUUUUCUAUGCAACAGACAUAUUUAAUAUGAUGCAAGGCUUAUUAAUAUUUCUUUUAUUUGUUUUCAAGAAAGAUGUUAAAAUUUUAUUAUUGAACAGAUAUAACGAGAUCCGAGGAAAAAACCAAUAUACAAAACAGUAUUCUCAACAGUUAUCAAGAACAAUCAGCACUAAUCUCAGUUCUAUAAAAUAAAUUAUAAUUGAAUUUUUACAAAUUUCUGUGAAAGUUGGCAAAUUUAACAGCGAUAUUUACAAUUUAGUUAAUUAUUUUAAAAAUGUAUUUUUAACUUUGAAAUUAUUUUCUAUAAAAAGAGAGUAAAAUGUUCUGAAA